CGCAGUCUGCCCUCGUAUUCCUGGAAGCCUUGUUUUGUCACUUGCUGGGAUUAGUUAUCGGGGACACCCAUACAAUCGAUUUGUAACCCGCGAGCACAUCAUUGCGGGGCUGGAAGAUCUUGGGCGAAAAGCCAGAAGCUCUUAAGUGAAGCUCGAAUGACCCAAAGGUGUCUGCGUCACUCUCUGUUUGACGAUCUGCAUUCCUCGGUCGCCGACCAAAGGCAUCAAUUGAAUUGUGUUGUACCGGCUGCCUUCCAGCCUCCGUUUCUUUCGGACUUGUAUGACAAUAACUGCGGGACAAGCUGCUCAUAACAGACUUCGACUCGAGGCUGACAGGUUGACUUCCUCUACAAUGGCAUCACAAAAAGCAUGGGCCGUGGUUGCCGGUGUCGGCCCUGGCACAGGUGCCUCGGUCGCUCGUCGAUUCGCACAGAACUAUGCUGUCGCCCUCCUUGCUCGAAAACCGGCAAACUUUGAACCCGUCGUCAACGAGAUCAAUGCCGCUGGCGGCCAGGCAAUUGGUAUCAGCACCGAUACCUCUGACAGCAAAAGCGUCAAGGCUGCCUUUGAGCAGCUGCAAAAAGAGAUGGGGGGCGCGUCGCUCGCAGCCGCAAUCUACAACGUGGGAGGCAGGUUUGUGAGGAAGCCCUUUCUGGAAUUGACGGACGAAGAAUUUGAGAGUGGGUGGGAAGCCAACGGGCGAGGAGCGUUCCACUUCUCGCAGGCCGUCCUCCCACUGCUUCUCAAGAGCACAAACACAGAGCACCCACCUACCCUCAUCUUUACCUCUGCCACGGCAGCCAUGAAAGGCUCCGCUCUGUGCGCGUCCUUUGCAACUGGGAAAUUUGCAAUGAGGGCCCUGGCACAAUCGCUGGCGCGAGAGUUUGGACCCAAGGGUGUGCAUGUGGUCCACGCCAUAAUUGAUGGCGUGAUUGAUAUCGAGCGGACGAAAGACUGGAAGUUCGACCAUCCCGAAGCUAAGAUCAAGCCAGAAGCCAUCGCCGACUCGUAUUGGUACCUGCAUACCCAACCUAGGACUUGUUUUACCAACGAAAUCGACAUAAGGCCUGCGGUCGAGAAAUGGUGAGAAGCAAUUGCGUGCACAACUCGGGCCGGGUGACUUUUGGAGACUGGGCCUCCGGUGGAGGUUGAAGCCCACUGGGAUCCUCUCUCGGGGGGCAAUAUUUUGCUGGGUGGACGGAAAUACGCCCGCUCUCCGCAUGGAAGCACGUUUGCUGUUGUUGUGGGAUGAAAGGCUCCAGAAAAGAUUCCACAAACUCGCUCUCUUCGUUCUCCGAGAAGUGUCGGCUCCGAGAGACAGGACGAAGGACGUUUCGAGUCCACCGGAGGGUAGCAGCCAGGUCCCCUGCAAUGACUGAGGUGGCGCUGAUAAAAUUAAUUAUAUCUGCCUUAGGCUUACAGCGAGGAUAACACUAUUGGCCUGGUAGCCCUGUACAUUGUGUAGCCCGCGUAUGUUUUUCGCAAGAGGGUGUGUCGUAUUCCCACUAUCCGAUGCACCGCAGGCUUAUUCAGUGCGAGAUGCGGACAGCACGGG